GAUUUGGUUUGCAUUUAUUAAGAUUCAGAGGAAUCCCAUUAACUACACUCACAGACGGAGCGCUUUGGGUUUGGGGUAUCAUUUUAGGGUUUUUGGAGUCAUUGCUUUCAGUAAAUCUUUUUUUCCUCCUCUGUAACUUUCUUGAACGAUUUCGAGUUUGAUUCUGUUGUUUUUGAAUUGUAUCUUUCUUUAGUAAGGAAACCCUUUUGUGUGGGAGUCGACUGUUGUCUACUUUGCGUUUGGAAGUUUGAAUCAAAGGUUUUGAUUCCGAAAAUGCUUCAAAAUUGAGUGCUUUUGCUUUAUUGAAUCUAGGGUUCCGACCUGUUUUUAUGCUUUUUGGGGGAGAAAUUCGAUGGGAUAAACUCACAAUCAAACGAAAUCGUUCAAAACCCAUUCUUUUUCUCGAACGUUUUUUCUAAUUUUGUGGGAUUAAUUUCCUUUCUAAUGCAUAUUUCACUGUGGAAACCGAUCAUAUCUCAUUGUGCUUCUCUAAUUUCUGACAAAAAGAGCAGAAGAAAAUAUGGGUCUGAUCACACCAAUGAGGAAAUCAAACGCAGUCCAUCUGUUCGACGAAAGUUGCAAGAGAAUAAACUCAGAGAAGCUCUUGAACAAGCCUCUGAGGAUGGGUCUCUUGUUAAAUCCCAAAAUAUGGAUUUUUCAGAGUCUUUUGAUAGAGAAGACAAAGGUUUGGGAAGAUCAAGAUCUCUUGCUAGAUUACAAGCUCAAAAGGAAUUUCUAAAAGCAACUUCUCUAGCUGCUGAUAGAACAUUUGAAGAUAAAGACUCCAUUCCUGAAUUUGAUGAAGCUUUAUUGAAGUUCCUAACCAUGUAUCCAAAGUACAAAUCUUCUGAGAAAAUAGAUCAAUUGAGGGUGGAUGAGUAUUCACAUUUAGCAGAUACUAUUUCAAAGGUAUGUCUUGAUUAUUGUGGAUUUGGGUUGUUUUCAUUUCUUCAAACUGUUCAUUUCUGGGAAUCUUGUACAUUUACUUUAUCUGAGAUCACUGCUCAUUUGAGUAAUCAUGCUCUCUAUGGUGGUGGUGAAAGGGGAACCGUUGAGUAUGAUAUAAAGAGUAGAAUUAUGGAUUACCUAAACAUCCCUGAGAAUGAAUAUGGCUUAGUUUUUACUGUCAGUAGAGGUUCUGCUUUCAAACUUCUAGCUGAAUCAUACCCUUUUCAUACCAAUAAGAAGCUUUUGACCAUGUUUGAUCAUGAGAGCCAAUCUGUGAAUUGGAUGGCUCAAAGUGCAAAAGAUAAAGGUGCAAAGGUUCAUAGUGCUUGGUUCAAAUGGCCUACAUUGAAACCCUGUUCAACCCAUCUUAGGAAGCUAAUCUUGAACAAGAAAAGGCGGAAGAAAGAUUCGUCAACAGGUCUUUUCGUGUUUCCUGUCCAAUCUCGAGUUACUGGUGCCAAAUACUCGUACCAGUGGAUGGCAUUGGCUCAGCAGAACAAUUGGCAUGUUUUGCUAGAUGCAGGGGCAUUGGGUCCUAAAGACAUGGAUUCGUUAGGGUUAUCACUAUUUCGACCAGAUUUCAUUAUAACGUCUUUCUACAGAGUUUUCGGGGAUGACCCAACUGGAUUCGGAUGUCUUCUGAUCAAGAAAUCCGUAAUUGGAAGCCUCCAGAAUCAGUCUGGACAUGCUGGAUCUGGGAUAGUGAAGAUCAGUCCGGUUUUUCCUUUAUAUCUGAGUGAUUCCGUGGAUGGAAUGCCGGGAUUGGCUGGGAUUGAAGAUGAUGAAGUUGUAAAAGGUGAAGGGAUAUCUGAAAGUCACGCCGGAGCUCUUUUACCGGCAUUUUCUGGUGCAUACACUCCUUCUCAGGUGAGGGAUGUUUUCGAAACCGAAAUGGAUCAUGGGAACAGCCCAGAUAGAGAUGGAGCUAGCCCCAUUUUUGAAGAAACAGGAAGUUUUUCUGUCGGGGAGGUCAUGAAGAGUCCGGUUUUUAGCGAAGAUGAAUCAUCAGAGAACUCGAUGUGGAUCGAUUUGGGUCAGAGUCCAUUGGGUUCCCAAUCUGAGAUCGUAAACUCUCCUUUACCUCCGCCCUCCUGGUUUUCCAGCAAGAAAAGCAAUGAGAAAGAGAUUGAUUCACAGCCCCAUAUCAGCAAAGUGCUAUCUUUUGAUGCUGCAGUUCACAAUGUCAAAAAAGCAGACAACUUUCAAGAAAGUUUUCAAGAAAAAUCUCAAGAAACCGAAAGGAAGUUGGAGAUUUCAGAGAUACAAGAAGAACCCGAAUCCAAGAAACUGAAAGAAAGUGCCGUCAUACGAAGAGAAACCGAAGGCGAGUUCAGAUUAUUGGGAAGAAUGGAAGGGAGCAGACGGGUAUCUUUCGGAUUGGAAGACAACAAUAAGCAUUGUGAAGAUUUCUAUAUCAGUGAUGAAGAAUAUUGCGAAGGGCAAGAAUCAGAAAGAAGAGAACCUGAAAUAACCUGCAAGCAUCUUGAUCACGUAAACAUGUCGGGUCUAAACAAGACCACACUCAGGCUCCGUUUCUUGGUCAAUUGGCUCGUGACCUCUUUGCUUCAAUUGCGGUUAACUGGUUCAGAUGGGGAACAAGAUUCUGUUCCACUGGUUCACAUUUAUGGUCCUAAAAUCAAGUACGAAAGAGGUGCAUCAGUGGCGUUCAACAUAAGGGAUAGAGUCAGAGGACUAAUUAGUCCAGAAAUCGUUCAAAAGUUAGCCGAAUCAAAUGGGAUUUCUCUUGGUGUCGGCAUUUUAUGUCAUGCAAGGAUUAUACAGAGCACGAAACAGAAUCAUGCAGCGAUUGAUCUUGCUGACACGACGCUCUGCAAACCUAUGAACAAUGAUGGAGGUGGAUUUGUUCGAGCUGAGGUUGUCACUGCUUCACUUGGUUUCUUGACGAACUUCGAAGAUGUGUAUAAAUUGUGGGUUUUUGUGGCGAAAUUUCUUGAUCCAUCGUUUAUCAAAGAAAACGGAGAUUCGACUGAGAUGGAAGGUGAAGAACAAACCGGGUAAGUUUUAAUCGAUUUGGUAAAGAUUUUUGGUAUUUUAUGCAUCAAGAUAGAAGAUACCCAUUUGGAGUUCAUAUUGAUGGUGGAUUUGAAUCUGUAUCCUGUGAAAUCUUGCUUUUGAUAUGAAAAGUUUCUGGUUUAUUAGUUGUAGUUUAGCAGCUUUGUGCCAUUUCUGGAACAUAAUCUGAUGAGCUUUUUUACAAUCUCAA